UUUUUCUCCCCUCCCAUCUAUUUCCUCCUCGCUUGCCACUAGUUUACCUUCACUUGUUCAGCCUUCACUCUGAGAGGAGGAGGAGGAUGGUAUAUGAUUGGCCAGGCGGGGACUGGUAGUCCGGAGGCUGGCAUUGUGCUCCGCGUUGAUCCCCGUGUUCUUGUUUACACCUUGCGGACGGGGACGAGACACCAAGGGGCCCCCCAGAACAGACUCGGGAGUCCAGUCUACAGUGAACGCGGCUACCUGACAGCAUCCCACCUCUUUUUUAAUGGUCUCAAACCAAGUUUUUUUUUUGUGCUGGGAAUCGGACUCUUUCUCGUCUAAUUGAACGUCUCCAUUCAGAGCAGCAAUGCGUCAAACUUUUUGGUGACUUUUGUGGCACCUCUGCGCUCAUGGCUCCCUGUCGGGAAGGCUACAAGUGCAACUGGAAAUGAAAUCUACCAGGAAUAGCAGCGGCAGAUUGUUUCUUUAUAUUCUCAGGGUGUGAUAUCUAAGGAGCUCUUCAAACUUUGAUUACAGGCGGAAAUUACACCCUUUCAGUCCUUCUCAGCGGCGCGGUGAUGGAUGUGUUUUGAGCGUUGCAGUCUGUUUGCGUCAACAGUCGAGAGUGAACUAUUUACCAAAACAUCGACACCUAAAAUCAAUUACUGGGUUUGGUGUUGGCAUUUCAAUCUUUCCUGAGAAAUCUUUCAGGGGGAGGACUUUUUUGGACAAGAGCCAGUCGGUGUGCCAGAAGCACCGCAGGUUGCGCUGUGUGGGAAAACCUCGGACGUUUCGCAACGGCGUAGCCGGAAAAGAUGCUCUCUGCUCGGAUGCAGCGUGACCAAGGUCUCGGUCCUCUGGUUCUUCUGCUCCUGGUCGGGGGAUAUGUCGUGUCUGGCACUGAGAGCAGCGACUACAGCGAGGCCGAGGUUCUCCCUGACUCCUUCCCAUCAGCACCGGCAGAACCUCUCCCAGAAUUCCUGCUGGAGCCAGAGGACGCUUUCAUCGUCAAGAACCGGCCGGUCCAGCUGCGGUGCCGGGCGUCACCAGCCACUCAGAUCUACUUCAAAUGUAACGGAGAAUGGGUGAACCAAAACGAUCACGUCACCAGAGAGAGCCUGGACCAGAUUACAGGUCUUGUGGUGAGGGAGGUGGACAUCUCGGUGUCGAGGACCCAGGUGGAAGAGCUGUUUGGGUUGGAGGACUACUGGUGCCAGUGUGUGGCCUGGAGCUCGGCUGGCACCACCAAGAGCAACCGUGCCUACGUUCGCAUCGCAUACCUGAGGAAGAACUUUGAGCAGGAGCCACUGGGACGAGAGGUGCGGCUCGAGCAGGAGGUGCUGCUGCAGUGUCGCCCUCCGGAAGGCAUGCCGUCUGCCGAGGUUGACUGGCUGAAGAAUGAGGAUGUGAUAGAUCCAUCGCAGGACUCCAACUUCCUGAUCACCAUCGAUCAUGAUCUGAUCAUCAAACAGGCCAGACUCUCAGACACCGCCAAUUACACCUGCGUGGCUCGUAAUGUGGUGGCCAAAAGACGCAGCAGCACAGCUACUCUUAUUGUUUAUGUGAGCGGAGGUUGGUCUUCAUGGACUGAAUGGUCAGAGUGUAACGCUCGGUGCGGGCGCGGCUGGCAGCGACGAACACGCAGCUGCACCAAUCCUGCCCCCCUGAAUGGAGGAGCCUUCUGUGAGGGCCCACCCUUCCAGAGAGUGACCUGCACCACACUGUGCCCAGUGGAUGGAGGCUGGACAGAGUGGGCCAAGUGGUCCGCCUGUGGGACAGAGUGCACCCACUGGCGCAGUCGUGAGUGCCAAGCCCCCCCACCUAGAAAUGGAGGAAAGCACUGCAGCGGCAGCAUGAUGGAGAGCAAAAACUGCACUGAGGGGCUGUGUGCGCGCAAUAAAAAGAUUUCUAUUGAACAUGCAAGCCAUCCGCUGGCCCCAGGUAUGGGUAUAGCAGUCUAUGCUGGUCUGGUGGGGGCCCUGCUACUGUGUGUGAUACUGGUGUUGUGCGUGGGUGUGCUCGCCUAUCGCCGCAGAUGCCGCCAUCUCCAUGGAGACAUCACCGAUUCUUCGUCUGCUCUCACUGCUGCCUUCCACCCUGGCAACUACAAGCCUCCCAGACAGGAUAACCCUCACCCUCUGCAUCCUUCAGCUCCUCCAGAUCUGACGGCCACAGCGGGGGCUUUCCGCGGGCCGCUCUUCUCUCUGCAGCAGGGGGUCAAUGACAGCCCUCACAAAAUCCCCAUGACCACCUCUCCGCUCCUGGACCCGUUGCCGAGUCUCAAAAUCAAGGUGUACAACGCCUCGACUCUUUCCUCUCUGGAGCUCCCCGCGGACAUGUGCUUAGGAGACGGGGAGAUCCUCAGCCUGAAGUCAGUGGGUACUAUGGGUAGAGAGAGAGAUUACCACAGCCACACCUUGUCCAGAGAGCCCGGGCUGAGCACCAGCGCCACCCUGGGUAAUCUCGGAGGACGCCUUACCAUUCCCAACACAGGUGUGAGUCUGCUGGUCCCGCCUGGCACUAUCCCCCAGGGAAAGUUCUAUGAGAUGUACCUCAUUAUCAACAAGUGGGACAAAACGACGCUACCCUCUGAGGGCAGUCAGACUGUACUAAGUCCUGUAGUGAGCUGUGGCCCAUCCGGUAUGCUGCUGAAUCGUCCCGUGGUCCUGACUUUGCCCCACUGUUCCCAGCUUGACACACCUACACCAGACUGGACCCUCACACUCAAGACACAGACGCACCAAGGGGCCUGGGAGGAGGUGCUGACGGUAGGGGAGGAGACUUUGUCGUCCCCGUGCUACCUGCAGCUGGAGGAGGAGUGUUGUCAUGUUCUCAUGGAGCAGCUUGGAACAUAUGGCCUGGUGGGCCAGUCCUGCCCUCCACAGCCUGCCUGCAAACGUCUCCAGCUGGCGCUGUUCGCCCCUCGAGCACCCUGCCUCUCCUUGGACUACAGCCUGCGUAUCUACUGCAUCCAUGACACCCCACAUGCACUUAAGGAGGUGCUGGAUUUGGAGAGGAGUCUAGGUGGAGUUUUGCUGGAGGAUCCCAAGCCGUUGCUCUUCAAAGACAGCUAUCACAACCUGCGCCUGUCCAUACACGAUAUUCCUCACACUCACUGGAGAAGCAAACUUCUGGCAAAGUAUCAGGAGAUCCCGUUCUAUCACAUCUGGAGCGGCAGCCAGAGACCCCUGCACUGCACCUUCAGCCUGGAGAGAGGGAGCCUGGCUGUGUCACAGCUCACCUGUAAGAUCUGCGUCCGACAGGUGGAAGGGGAGGGACAGAUAUUCCAGCUGCACACGGAUAUUCAGGAGACUCUGCCCCCGCACUCGCCCCUCCCCUCAGGAGGUACCUGCCUGCCUUCCUCUCAAGUGGGACCCUAUGCCUUUCGCUUGCCUGACUCCAUCCGCCAGAAGAUCUGUGCCAGUUUGGAUGCACCCAGUGCUCGAGGAUGUGACUGGAGACUACUGGCACGCAGUCUCGGCUUUGACAGGUACUUGAACUACUUUGCCACAAAGCCGAGCCCCACAGGUGUUCUACUGGACUUAUGGGAAGCUUGUCACCAAGCUGACGCAGACCUGGUCUCUCUGGCGACCGCGCUGGAAGAAAUGGGCAAAAGUGAGGUGCUAGUUGUCAUGACAACAGAUGGGGAUUGUUGAUUGGUCAAGGAACAGAGAGAGCAAGCCAGACUUUUUUUUUCCCACCACCGUGAUGGAAAUAAGAAUACCUGCCUAUGAAUAUGCACACCCCGGCACAAAUCAUAAGCCCACAGAGCAUUUAGUAUUACCUCUGCCUCAUGCUCCUUUUUCACUGACCCCUGAUCAGCCACUGUAGCUACCACCGUAACCUAUUCCCAUGAUAACUGCUAAUCUGAUUCAGCUUGAAUCCUCCAAAGCAAUGUUGCAUCUGCAAGAUGUGAACCCAAUUUGAGUGUACGAAGGCGUAAAAUGGGUGUAAAGUCGUCUGUCAUACGUGGUGUGUUGACUGUCUUCUGCAAAGAUUGAAAUUUACACUAUUCUUGUAUAUAAAUAACAAAACAAAAUUCAUGUAUUCAACACACCGAAGCACGCACAGUAAGACGCUAACACGGGAUUACCCAUGUUUCAGUAGCAGCAUGAAAAGUGCAUGAUUUAACACCAUCUCACCUCAUGGCAGGGGCUUUUGUUUUCUCCAUUGUCAUUCUGUGUGUGCAGUGAAUGACAGGCAGCAACCGACCUGUCUGAAACCUCCUCAGGCUACAGACACACUCCAGCACACACACACAAACACACACACACACACACACAUAACAACAAACUGGUCAUUAACCGGCUCUGAAUAGGCUAGGAUUUCUCCUCUAACUGCUUCAACUGUCGACAAAUCACAUGAGGUCCGAACCCUUGAGUAUGUCGCUUUGUGCUGGAAAAAAAAAGCUGCCUUUUCUUUGUGGUAGGAGGAUGAAUUGUGAAGUUCAUUUAAAGAAUUGGCAGAUAACUAGACCGACUGACUCUUUAUAUUGUACCAACAAAUGCCUCAAAGCCUUGGCAUAUCAUUCUGACUCACAGGGGUGUUUCUCUUUUCAUCUCUCCUUGCAUUCGUCUAUCGCUCUGCCACACUCCUCCGAUCUGCUGAGAAUAAACUGCAGGAGAGCUUUUUGGUCAUCCCUUAAAAGUUUCCUUUGGGGAACGCUCUUUAAGUUAUUAUCCAUAUUUGUGGAUUUUUUUUGUUGUUUUGUUUUUAUUUCUCUUGCAAUCACAUAGAAUCCAUUCUAUCAUGUGUGCUUGUUUAGCUGCUGAGCUUUUUAAUUUUUUAUUUGAGUAGAGCAGGCCAAAUGGGACAAUUAGAUGCACAGUGGAUGUCUCGGUUUCGAAGAAGAAAACCAUGUUUAUUUGUUGUUUUUAAUAUGGUGCAUCCAUUGAAAAUGUAAUCUGUAAAACAUGAUUAGAGGUGGUCAAAUGUCCAGGUGAAUAUACUGUAUGCUGUAUUUCAUAGGCUUUUUGCUUUGCUCUAACUGUUCCACUGCUCAGACAGAUAAAUAUUACAGAAUAGAUUAGCCUUGCCUUGAAUCAACUCGGCAGCAAGGGACCAUAAAAUUUACCUCAACACUAACUGCAUUAUGUUUCUAUUCUCUGUCCACCACAUAUCUAUGUGUCCAUAUGUCUACCCAUUGCCCUGUAACUCAUUUUAUCUCCCUUCUCUCAGUUUAACAACAUAUUGUUAACCUUUUUACUAAGCCGCCUGCUUUGUGGUCAGGGUCUUCAAGCAUUUUUGCAUUAUCAAUAUAGUUCUGUCAGUUAUUGUUAGACGGGAAUUGAAAUGCUUUCAUCUGUAACUUUGUUAUUAAGUUCUGUCUGUUAUUGGGUAUUUUUUCUCCCUCUAAGCAAAAAAAGAAAAAGUGUUCAUAUCAUUGAAACCACAAAAACCAAAACACAGGCAGUAUCCCUCCUCUUCAGUGAGUCAUGUCACUGUUUUGUGUGAAUGAACUGAAAAACAAGCGUGUGUGUGUGACUGAGUGAGUGGGUAUGUGUGGGCAGGUGGGUGUGCACAAACUGUAAGUGCGCACGCUUAAGAUCUGUCAUUUCUCUUUGUAAGUGCUAUGCAAGUACAAAAGAAAAGCGAAGCAUUUUGACUUCUUUUGUUUCCUGGAAGAGUAAUUCUAUUUUUUCAGAUCAGGGCAUUGACAGGGUUUUGAUUUUGUAUCCUAAAGUAGUUUAAGGGUGGUUUAACAUUUUUUGGUUAUGGUGGAUCGGAAGGAUUGGAUCACUGACCAAGGAAGCUACUCCUGGAAAAAAUACAUGUGGGAGAACAAAAUAAAGUAUGGUGCAAUGGCUACAAAACAAGUUGCGACUACCAUCAUGAACCCGUGCCCUGCAGGUCUUUGCCCGUGAGGAAAUAUCUGAACAUGACCAGUUCAGAACUUUGGAUUCCUGAACACUGCAGGACUAUUUUCUUUCCUCAAAUCUUGUUACAGAGACUGGCUAGCUGUAGACUACAGUGUUUAUUCGUCCGGAUUUCUUGAGUAUCUGUUGGAUCUUUGGCCGUUGCUCUGGAUAACUUAUACUGGAGCUGGACUGGAUUCCUCCUCGCUCCUAUCAAAGAGAAAGUUUAGCCUUUGUUCAAGAAGAAGUUGGACAUUUUUAUGAAAAAACACAAAAUGGAUUCAGUGACAUUAUUUUAUCUCUGUAAAGUACCAAUUGUAAAUAAACGUCUAGCCUUCUUACCUGUAACUAAAUAUAAUUUUUAUGCAAUA